CGGCCGGCCCGGCUUCUGCGCCCGCCUCCUCCGCUCCGGCCCGCCCGGCUGCAGCAGCCAUGGAGCCUCCGCCGCCGCUCGGGCUGCUGCUGCUUUUGCCGCUGCUGGCCGGCCUCGGCCCCGGCUUGGCUGAGCACCGGGCCGACUUCGACCGCGAGGCGCUGCUGGGCAGCCAGGAUGAAGUGGAGGAAUUUUCCAAACUGAGCCCCGAAGAGCAGCAGAAGCGCCUGAAAGUGAUUAUAAAUAAGAUUGACAGAGACCUGGAUGGCUUCCUUACCGAAGCCGAGCUGAGUUCCUGGAUCCAGCACUCCUUCAAGGAUUACGUCAUCGAAGACGCCAAGCAACAGUUCCAACACUACGACAAAGAUGGCGACGGGAGGGUCUCUUGGGAGGAGUACAACAUCCAGAUGUACGACCGGGUCAUCGACUUUGAAGAGGACACCACGCUGGACGAUGCUGAAGAGGAAUCCUUCCGGCAGGCGGAAAGAGACACGCUGGCCUGCAGUUCAUGUUUUCUCCCCUUUUUCUUCCCAAAGCUCCAUUUAAGGGACAAGAAGAGGUUCGAAAAGGCUAAUAAGGAAGGCGAUUUGGUGUUGGAUUUUGAGGAAUUUGUGGCGUUUGAACAUCCGGAGGAGGCCGACUACAUGAAGGAUUUCGUCAUCCAGGAAGCUUUGGAGGAACAUGACAAAGACGGGGAUGGAUUUGUUAGCCUUGAAGAGUUCCUUGGCGACUAUCGAAGGGAUCCAACCGCCAAACAAGAUCCGGAAUGGAUUGUGGUGGAAGAAGACCGCUUCAAAAAUGAUUAUGACAAGGAUAAGGAUGGGAAGCUGAACCCCAAAGAGCUGCUGACUUGGGUGAUGCCCAACAACGAAGGCCUUGCCCAGGAAGAGGCUGUUCAUCUUCUUGACGAAAUGGACUUGGAUGGAGACCGGAGACUGUCAGCCAGUGAAAUCCUUGAAAAUCAAGACCUGUUUCUCAACAGCGAAGCCACCGAUUACGGCCGACAGCUCCACGACAAAAGUUUCUACCACGAAGAGCUUUAAUUUCCAAAAGAUGCUUUGCCUUUCUUUCAAAAUUGAGAUUUUUUUUUCCUUCCCCCACUCUGUUGUUCAGCUUUAAAAAAAAAUAAUGCCAGUUGGGCAGCGAUUUUACGUUGCUAACCUUCCCUGUACGUUGCCAGCAUUCCUUUGGUGGUCUAAUUUAAAAAAAAAAAAGAUGGAGGAGGAAAAAGAAGAGAGAUCUUUAAUGCUCAGAUUUCAAUACUGCUUUUUGAAACGUACUUGAAAAUACCAGGGUAUGACUGCAAAGGAAGCCCUCGUUUCGGUUAUUCGACUUUUAUUAUUUUAGGAAAGGGAAAACGCAGUUCUAGCUGUCCGGUCCCGUGUUGUUAAUAGUUUUUCUAUCCUAUUUUGUAUAUUACAAAAUUCAGGAGGAUGAAGUGUUACCUACGAGGUUUCUGUGCAUUCACUUGUUUUGAUGGUAGACGAUAGGGAAAUAUUUUCGCAUUUGGAAAGUAUUCUAUUUACUUGGAUUAAAAUGUUCAAAUGCC